AUGGUUGCAUACUUUAUAUUUGAACGCCAGUUCCCCAGAACCAAUUGUCGUUGGACAUUGGCCCUGCAACAGCUGCAGAUACAGAGUUUUGUCGUGGAUUGCAAUCGCACGAAAGAGAAGCGUCAGAAAUUACCAAAACUCGGGAGAAUAGGCUGGACGAAAAGGGAAUUUUUACCUCUCCCAAUCGGUGCUCCGGGCAGCAGACAAGUUCCCUUGGAACCGCAAUUUAGUCGUGGACAGAUGCGCCUAACUUGGAAACUAUUCGAUAUAUUUGUAGAUGCCAUGGAGGAGCUUGGUUUGAGUGACAAGUGGAUGAUCUACGCUGGCAGUCUGGUGGGAUCUUUUCGGCAUCACGAUAUCACGCCUUGGGACGAUGAUCUGGAUGUUCUCGUUGAUUUUGCAGUAAGACCGCUAAUGGUGGAGAAGUUGAGAACGCUUGCACCCGAAAUUAUAAUUGGCGAGGCUGGUUUGAGAGACAAGUUAUACACAAAAUAUAUUGAACCGAGCAAUAUCUCGCAGGACUCUGAUGUUUUCCCGCUGAUAUUCCGACCCUUCUACAAACACUGGGUUCCAGCACCAAGGCAUUCGUUUUCGGUUCUCAUGCAGUCCUAUCCCGGAGACAUCCAAUGCACCGUUUUCGACUGGUCUCAUCCAUUUGAGAGGAACAUGAAAAAUAUGUCCAUACCGUGCGUUAAACUGGCAUCUCGAUAUGCCUUCGUUGAACGCAGCCCUCUCUACGACAACGGCCAAGAGAAGGAUGGCAGCAGUCCGUCAGAUAUGAUUUGGAUCCGCGAGAGGCUGAUUCGCGGUGGUGAGAUCAUUCAUGAAAUACAGUUGGUUGCACCCAGUCUCGAAGCACGCAUGGAAACUUACGCACUGCGAGUGAAACCCUAG